ACACUGGGUGUUCUUGCUCUCGCUCAUUUAUCUGCGUGAGAACUGCUCUGACGGCGUAGCCGGAUGCGUUGCAAUAGAGGCGGAACGGUCGACUUCCAUCAGGCAAUGCCAAAAUUGGAGCUUCUGUGAGACACUUGCGAAGAGACUGAAACGCAGUCUGUGCCUCGUCUGACCACACAAAGGGUUUGUCCUUGUGGGGUCAGAGCUUAAGCUGGACAGAUGACCUCCCGGUGUGUGAAUUGUCAGGCGUAGGAUUUUCCACGAAUCAGAUAUACAGAAAGGAUGGAGUGCGGGCAGAAGAGCAUGAAUUUGAAGACCGAAGCUUUCACUUUAAAGUGGAACUGGAUAGCGAAAUGUACCUGUACGGCGUGUUUGAUGGCCAUGAUGGUAGCCGAGCUUCUAACUUUGCUGCUCAGCGCUUGCCAGCAGAGCUGAUCCUAGGCCAACUCCAGGGCCAUAAGUCAGAUGUAGAUGUUAAGGAAGUUUUACACCAGGCCUUCAUUGGCGUAGAAAAGGGAUUCUUUGAAACUAUUGAUGAUGCCUUGGCAGAGCGUGCCAGACUCAAGAUGGAAAUACCUGAGGGAAUGAGCUACUAUGACGCAUGUAGACAGUUCCCGGACGUUAUGGAGACAUUAGAGAAGCUGAACACGGAAAUCUGCGGUGGAACUACUGCGUGCAUGUCACUGAUUCGCAGCAACAAGCUCUAUGUAGCGAACGUGGGUGACAGCCGAGCACUGUUGUGCAAGUUGGACUCUGAGGGAGUCCUGCGCGUUGUUCAGCUGAGCGUUGACCACGACAUUAAGAACGAGGAUGAGUUGCUACGAUUACAACAACUUGGACUACACAUCCGAACAAUUCGCCAAUGCCGCCGAUUAGGAAACCAGGAAAUCACUAGAAGCAUUGGUGACUAUGCUAGGAAAGGUGGCUACAAGGACUUUGAUUUGCUGAGUACGGCUAAAGAGGAACCAAUAAUAGCAGAGCCUGAAAUCCAUGGAGGUAUUCCUAUGGACAGUUCCUGUUGCUUUCUUCUGCUCAUGAGUGACGGUGUCUUCAAUUCUGUUAUAGAUGCUACAGGAACCGACCAGGUGAAUGCGGAUAUCGCAAGCAUGGUUGCAGCAGAGUUUUCUGUACAGUCAACACUGUUUGGCGUUGCACAGGCGGUGAUCGAUAAGAUUGUGCGCAUCCACCAGGACACAUGGUACACAGGUUCUGAGCGUGCAAGCCUCUGCCAGAAGCGAGACGACAUGACCCUGCUAGUACGCAGCUUCAACUACCCACUUCCGAAUGCAAUUACCAGUCCAAUUAGGAACAAGACGUUUUCUACGAAUCCCUUGUUAACGCUUAGCUCCUCCUACAGUACUGAAAGCGGUAGCUUUACAUGUUACCCAACAAACCAGUCUACAAUGAUGGGAUCACAAACGUAUACCAGUACAGAGUCAUCUGGUAGUGCCAGUGCAAACUAUUGCUCAAGUGAGAGUUGUAGCAUACUGCCUCUGGAUGCAGAUGGCAAGGUUCCAUCCUACGUGAGUUUUGAAGAAUUUUUCAAAGUAAUUUCAGAAGAUCAACUGGAGUCACAAAUAGAUGCUGUAGGUGGGGAGUGUGAGCGAGCAUCAACACCAGACACACUGAGCCCUGUGCCUGAUGAAAAUGACUUCUGUUCAAAUCAGGAAGAAAAUGAUAAAGGUUCACACAGCUAAGCUAGUGCACAUUUAGCAUUGUUUUUAGAUAUACUGAACUUCGUUCAUGUUACAUCAUUGAUGAAAGUUCAAUAAUGGCAGAAAACCCUAAACAAACUUAAAUUGAUAAAACAAAUUACCAGUGUUUUAUGCACGACACGUUGCUUGUUUUUGCUUUUCAAAUGAUUAUGCAACUGUUGAUGAUUAAUUUAUUUGUGGAUGGUAAACAAAGGAUCUGAUCAAAAUAAUUAAAAUUAAAAUUUAUAAAAUAUUACAGCUUUUAUUAUUAAUUCUCAUUGAUUACACAUGUAGCUUAAAAAAAAAUUCAGUCAUGUAUAGUGGCCAGAUAAAAUAAUACUAUGCUUUUGUCGUCACUGUGUAAAAGUAAACAUAUCCCGUGUGUGAUAUGGUUGUGUGAUUGUUGAUAUGUUCUAGCUAAUUUGAUAUAGUGUGUUUAUUUUGUACGGUGUUUAGUGUGUAUUUUGUGUGUAUGUCGAUAUAGCUGAUUAAUGGAAAAGCUGUAUGGUUUAAGUGAUAUCGUUGGGUUUGUCAUAUUUUAUUCACAUUUUCAAAAAAUACAGUUGCUAAAAGCCUAAAAAA